AUAGAUUAAAAUCGAAAAUGAAAGCUUCCUUCCGUAUUUCAAAAAAAAAACAUGCGUAAAGCAUUGAAUUCAUUAUUGUAAUAAACAAGGAAAUAAUAUAAGAUUGUAAUUAUAUGUUGAGAUUUCUGGGCAGAGGAUCGGACGAAGAAACACUCACAGCGACUUCUUUAUAGAAAACACACCAGCAUAGCGCGUAUCUCUACAUCCAGUAUUGUCAGCGCUCUAAAAGGUGCUUACAUUAUAAACAAGUUUCCUUUUUCGCACGAAUCAAAGAGGUGAAAUCAAGGACUUUCCGCCUUCAGAGAUUUCCUUGCUUUAAACGUUGUUCUGUCAACCCUGCGCGGCGGCGUGAUGGGACCGGAUCAGUGCGAGGACUGUUGUUGCGGCGGCAUGAUGGGACCGGAUCAGUGCGAGGACUGUUGUUGCGGCGGCAUGAUGGGACCGGAUCAGUGCGAGAACUGUUGUUACUCGUGCGUGUGUGGCUCGUGCGGAGUGGCCUUCUGCUGUAGAUCCACGAACAAAACUCGCAUCCAAUUGCUGUGGGUGUCUCUUAUCCUCUCCACGGCUGCCUCUUGCGUCAUUCUAGCCUGUGUCGUCUACUCCCCGUCCAAUCUCAGCGCGAGCCCGUCCGAUAUGCGACCCAUCACCAACAAUAUCAAUUUUCUCUUCUGCGAAGAGGUUGUGGUCACAUCAAGUGGUCUCCCUUUUGACGGCUACGUCAUGUCCGCGCAUGCGUUAUCCGAACGGACUGUGACGAACUUUACACAGACCACGGCUGUAUUCAUAGAGCAAGGGUCCUUUAAUUACUUGUCGAUGUACCUGCUGAAUUACUCCCGCAUUGAACUGCGGUUUAACUCCCAGAUUGCAAUGACAUUCUUUCUGAUCAAAGGCACCUCUCAAUUCCGGAAGUGGCAGCAUGACGAAGACUGCGCGGACUGUUACAUUGAUAAGAUUGCUUUACAACCUAAAAACUUAUCACUGUUCGCAUUCUCAGUGACUGCCGAUGAUGACUAUUUCUUUGUUUACCGCGCUGCCUACCUGGAACAGACAUGGGUAGAUAUUUCGCUGAACAUAAAUCGGUCAGUAUUCGUUCUAGAUCACACACCGCGCGCCUGCCUGCUGCAACAGGAGUGUGAUCUGCUGCUAUCGAAGCCCGAUGACGUGGUCGUGAUAUCGCUUCAGCCCGGGAACCUCGGAGAGUUUAAGCACGCCAAUCUCACCACGAAGUGCGCGCCUCGCAUCUGGGCCUACCUCGUGCUGCACGGACUGCCCGUGCUACUGAUCGGGGUGUGUCUAAGUGUUAUCAUACAAAGAUGUUGUUCUAGCCCUUCGGGCACACCCGAUGAGCGGUCCCCGCUGCUGUACUCUGCCGGGCUGCCGCCUGACUACAACACUAUCACCGCCUCCCCUCCAAAGUACGAGGACAUCAUGCAUGACGACAGCCCGCCGCCGUAUGCGCAGGUGGUCCGUGAUCUGGGCACGUAUGGAAUCCAGGCGGACGGCGCGCAAACACACUCGCACGGAAUGCAAACGGAGACCUCUCACAGACAUUCGUACGGAAUUCAGGCGGAUUCUGACGUGCGACCGCAUGUUCACCUUCCUGUCGGGACCACUCCGCAUGGUCACGCCGGGAUACAUGGUGGGUUACAAAGCACUUUAGCUGCAAUGUCCGGGUACCAUAGAGGUCCAGCGAGCAGUCACAGACCUUGCGAUAAUAACAUUAGCCGCGCGACUCACGACAGAGUCAGAAACUCGCUGUGAAGUCGAGAAUCAAACAAAAGCUAAAUGGUGUUCAUACUCAUUUGUUAAUUAACAUUUUAACAAGCUUCUAAUAUAUCUAUACUAUUUAGAUUGUCAUUCUUAUCGAUGCUCAGGACAAAUUUACAUUUGUUGUUCGUGUAAUGUACACAUAUAUCUAUUAUGAUUGUUAUGUUUGUUAUAACCUGUUAAAUUUGUGUUUUUGAAAUACAUUGAUUUAAUACAUAAACGUAUUUUUUCAGGCCCAACAAUAUGUACAUCAAAGUGAGUGUGUGUCCCGGGUAACAAAGUCCCGUUCUGUCUAGAGAUGAUUGCUAUCUUAUCGCUAGACAAAAUAAGUUAACUGUCUGUCCCAUGAUGUCUGAGUUUACAGCCUGAACUUUGUUUCUGUUCAGCGCAGUAUCUACAAACAUUGUGAUAGCCUGUGUCCAACCCAGACACUGGUAUUUAUAUGACUAAUCCUUGUUAUUUAUAGGUGAAUCAUAGUUAUAUAUAUAGAGAGAGAGAAGUUCAGAGAACAUUGUGUGUAAACUCUAUAAUUAUCGUAUAGAAAACACAUGCAUAUAGAUGCACAUGUCCGAGAUACUUUAAAGUCAGUAUUACUUGUGGGACAUUGACCCAUUUAUGCCUAGUGGACUCUCCCAUCCUUCUAAAUUGGAUCAAUUUAUUUCCAAAAUUAGGGAUGUCUAUAUUAAGAAUAUUUCCUAUAAAAAGUCUUUAAAGCAAACAGCGCAGACCCUGAUGAGACGCACCCUCAUCUGGGUCUACGCUGUUUGCCAAAGCAUUUUUUCUAGACGCUAGGCAUAAAUUGGGUAAGUUGAUGAAAAGAAAAU